GUGUGUAUUGUACAUGCAUACGGUAGGCCUAUGUCAUGCAUGGGCACACUGCACGAGAAGUGCAUGCAUUACAUAAAAGCUGUUUGUUGUUGAAUUGUGGAAGGCAACCAACCUGACGAAGUUCAACCAACCAACCUGCCCUUUCUCAUUCGAAUAAAAAAAAUCAACUGCUUGUAGAGGAAAACUGAACUGAAUUCUUAGACUUAGACUCAAUCAAGGCAAGCUACGCCUACGCAUAUUGAAACCAAACGGGAAAUCCAGAUCUUGAACUUUAAGAGAGUACUUUUAUAGAAUGGAGACCACAGAGAAUGGAGGUUCUGUACUUCUGUUUUUCUGCAAUGGCAAAAAGGUCAUUGAGAAAAACCCUGAUCCAGAAAUGACACUCCUAGUUUACCUGCGAAAGAAAUUGGGUUUGACAGGAACCAAGCUAGGAUGCGCUGAAGGAGGUUGUGGAGCCUGCACUGUUAUGGUGUCAUCAUACAACAGAAAUACCAGCAAAAUUGUUCACCAUGCAGUCAAUGCCUGUCUAGCUCCUGUAUGCUCUGUCCAUGGUGCAGCAGUGACGACAGUAGAAGGUAUCGGAAGCACCAAGACAAAACUACAUCCUGUGCAGGAACGUAUUGCAAAGGCUCAUGGGUCACAGUGCGGCUUCUGUACUCCUGGCAUCGUGAUGUCCAUGUAUGCCCUCCUUAGAAACAAACCACAGCCUACCAUGGAUGACAUUCAUGGAGCAUUCGAGGGGAAUCUGUGUCGUUGUACGGGUUACAGACCUAUUCUGCAAGCUUACAAGACAUUUACAAAGAAGGAUGGGUGCUGUGGAGGAGGUUGUCAGAAUGGUCCAUCACAAAACAACAGUGUUCCUGAUAAUAAAGAGGUGUCAGGACUUUUGUUUGACCCAAAAGACUUCUCAAAGUAUGAUCCUUCUCAAGACCUCAUCUUCCCACCAGAUCUAUUGCUUAGUGCAAAUGAACCUGCACAGACAGUGUGUUUCCGAGGGGAGCGUGUCACAUGGUUCCAGCCUGUGACCUUUGAUGAACUUCUUGAUCUCAAGGUCAAAUAUCCUCAUUCCAAGCUCAUCGGUGGAAAUUCAGAAAUUGGUGUAGAAGUAAAAUUCAAGAAUCAGCUUUACCCGGCCUUGGUAUCUGUCACCCAAAUCCCUGACCUGACUAAGAUAGAGGUCAGUGCUGAUGGUGUAGUCAUAGGGUCAUCGGUUAGUUUAACAUGCAUGGAUGAAUUCUUUAAAGACUAUAUCAAGGACCACCCUGGUCACACGAACAGAAUAUUUGAAGCUAUUGUUGAAAUGUUGAGGUGGUUUGCUGGUCCACAGAUAAGAAAUGUGGCUGCUGUAGGGGGCAACAUUGUGACUGGUAGUCCUAUCUCAGACUUAAACCCUAUAUUCAUGGCUGCUAGGUGUACCCUGGAAUUGGUAUCACAAUCUGAAGGUUCAAGACAUGUUGUUAUGGAUGAAAACUUCUUUACUGGAUAUAGGAGAAACAUCAUCAAACCUGAUGAAGUGCUUAAGUCGAUAACCAUCCCAUUUACAAAACAGAAUGAAUACUUCUUUGCUUACAAGCAAUCACCCCGCCGUGAGGAUGACAUUGCUAUUGUGAAUGCUGGUAUGAGAGUUGUGUUUGAAGAAGGAACUAACAUAAUCCAAGAUGUGAGUCUAGCAUACGGAGGAAUGGCUGCUACAACUGUACUAGCUCUGAAGACAAUGCAGAAACUAAUGGGAAAGAAGUGGGAUGAAUCUAUGCUUGAUGCUACCUUUUCAUGCCUUGCUGAAGAUCUACCCCUUCCUGCCGGUGCUCCAGGGGGAAUGGAGUCUUACAGGAAAUCACUGACCAUCAGCUUCUUCUUCAAGUUUUAUCUCAUGGUAUUAGAUCAGAUUUCAACCAAUCAGCAAUCAGUCGCCAGUGAAUGCAUUCCAUCCAACUUUAAAUCAGCUACUUCAGUUCACCACCAGCAAGCUGUCAAUGCUACUCAGUUCUAUCAGGAGGUUGCCCCGGGACAACCCAGUCAAGAUCCUGUUGGUCGUCCACUUGUCCAUAAAUCAGCUUACAAACAGACCACUGGUGAAGCAGUCUAUAUUGAUGAUAUGCCUAGCAUAGCAGGUGAGCUGUAUUUGGCCUUUGUGAUGAGUCAGAAAGCACAUGCAAAAAUCAUAUCUAUUGAUCCAUCCAAGGCGUUGUCACUAGAGGGCGUGCAUGAUUUUCUGAGUUAUAAGGAUGUGAUAGGGAGUAAUCAUGUUGGGUCUGUCUUCCAUGAUGAAGAACUAUUAGCAACAACAGAGGUUCACCAUGUAGGACAGCCAAUAGGAGCUAUCAUUGCAGAGACACAGGCCUUGGCACAGAGGGGUGCAAGAUUAGUACAGAUAGAAUACGAGGAGUUGGAAUCUAUCAUUACUAUCGAGGAUGCCAUCGCCAGGCAAUCAUUCUUCCCCGUCACCAAAGGCUUCAAGAAUGGUGAUGUUGAGGAGGCCCUAGAGAAGUCUGAUCAUGUGAUCGAGGGUGAGAUGAAGGUCGGAGGUCAAGAGCAUUUCUACCUUGAGACGCAGUGUGCCUUUGCUAUUCCUAAAGGGGAGGAUGGGGAGAUUGAGAUAUUUGUAUCAACACAACAUCCCACAGAAGCUCAGAAAAUCACAUCCAUAGCUCUAGGUGUUCCAUUCAAUCGUAUCGUCUGUCGUACCAAGCGUAUUGGAGGUGGGUUCGGAGGAAAGGAAAGUAGAAGCUCGAUGCUGGCUGCAAUAUGUGCUCUGGCUGCCAACAAACUGAAUCGACCAGUGAGAUACAUGUUGGACAGAGAUGAGGAUAUGAUAUCCACAGGGGGUAGGAAUCCCUUCCUAGGUCGUUACAAGGUCGGUUUCACCAACGAGGGAAAACUCACUGCAUUGGACAUUGACUUGUAUGGCAAUGCUGGAUACAGUUAUGACCUCUCUGCUGCAGUACUGGAACGAGCAGUGACGCAUAUUGAUAAUGUCUACCGCUUCCCCGUCUCGCGAGUCUAUGGCCGUCUCUGCCGCACAAAUCUUCCAUCCAACACUGCAUUCAGAGGCUUUGGAGGGCCUCAGGCAAUGAUCAUCUGUGAAUCCUUCAUGACGGACAUUGCAAUCAAGUUAGGGCUUUCACAAGACAAGGUGAGAGAGUUGAAUUUCUAUUCUGAGGGUGAUGUGACUCCAUGUAGUCAGGUGUUGAAUGGAUGUCACCUAAGACGAUGCUGGGAACAGUGCCUUGAGAAGAGCAACUAUCACACCAGGAGAAAGAAUGUGGAUAUCUUUAACAGUGAGAACAGAUGGAAGAAGCGAGGUCUUGCCGUUACACCUACCAAGUUUGGUUUAUCAUUCACCGCUCGUUUCUUGAACCAGGCUGGUGCCCUUGUGCACAUCUACACAGACGGUUCAGUCCUGGUAACCCACGGUGGUAUUGAGAUGGGACAGGGGCUUCAUACAAAGAUGAUACAGGUUGCUUCAAGAACUCUAGGAAUACCAGAGAGUAAAAUUCACCUGUCAGAGACUAACACCAGUAAAGUACCAAACACAUCACCCACUGCUGCCAGCACUGGCUCGGAUCUCAACGGCAAGGCCAUUGAGGCUGCUUGUCAGACACUCAAGCAGAGGUUAGAGCCUUACAUGCAUGCUAGUCCUAAAGGAAAUUGGGAUGAUUGGGUUGAUGCGGCAUACAGGGACAGAGUGAGUCUCUCAACUACAGGUUUCUACAAGACUCCCGAUCUUACGUACGACUGGGAGAAGAACGAGGGCAAGUUAUUUCAUUACUUCUCUUGGGGCGUGGGUGUGUCCGAGGUGGAGAUCGACUGCCUGACUGGAGAUCAUACCACACUCAGGACUGACAUCGUCAUGGAUGUCGGAAACAGCAUCAAUCCCGCCAUUGAUAUCGGUCAGAUUGAAGGCGCCUUCACCCAGGGGUAUGGUUUGUUCACCCUUGAAGACCAUCGAUGGAGUCCUAAGGGUCACCUGCUUACCAGGGGACCAGGUUUCUAUAAGAUACCAGGGUUUGGUGAUGUUCCUCCAGAGUUCAAUGUGUCACUCCUGAAGAAUGCUGCAAAUCACAACACCAUCUGCUCUUCAAAGGCCGUCGGUGAGCCUCCUCUAUUCCUUGGUUCGUCCGUCUUUUUUGCCAUCAAGGACGCCAUCUUGGCAGCAAGAUCUGAUGAAGGCCUUGGAAACUUCACCCUUAACAGUCCAGCAGUAGCAGAACGGAUUAGAUUAGCCUGUGUUGACCAGUUUACAAAAUUGUUUCCAGAAGCAGAGCCAGGGACAUACACACCUUUCUUUGUCAGACCCUAGAUAGAUUUUGACUAUGGAGCAAGAUUUUUCCAUUUGUACUUAUUUUUUUGAUUCCCUCAGGAAAAUAACUUUUAUGUCUGUAUGGUUUUUUUUUAGCGACUUAACCUUUCUAUUAGCUGUGGAAAAUUAAGAUGCAUUACAUCUUUGUUUCUAGAUCCAUCAUUAUUUCCAUAAUAAUUAUUAUUCCAUAGGUCUGUUUCAUAAAUGAUUUGAGUUGCACAAGAUGUGAUUGACGAGUGUAUUAUAGAAAUUAUUGUAUGAUCUCAUUGACUACAAGACCUGUCACACAUUGUUAGGUGUGGCAACCCCCUUCCAAUUAUUGCAUGUCCUGUAUGAUCUGCCUAAUGUGUCAUAUGAAGACAUAAAACUAGAAAUUUAUGUGUGACUCUAAAGUCCAAAUGUUUUUACUUGUUAUUCACUUACAUUAUGAUUCAAUUAUGUUAAGCCCAAAACUCAUUUUAUUGGUGACUUUGUUACAUCAUGUACAUGUAUAUAUGCAUAUAGAUUUCUGUUUUGUUUUAGGAUUAGGUUAUUUUUUUUAGGUUCAACUGUUUUAUAGUUAACUUAAGUUAACUUUUUGUUAUGUUUUUAAACAGAAAGAAAUGCGAACUCCUCGUUGAUUCAUGCAUUCUUAAUUGGGGAAAGGAACAUGUACCUCACCUUUUUCAUUGCCAUUGAAGUUAUAAGGUGCUAUUAUAUCAAUAAUAAUAUAUUAUUAUUUAUUUCCAUCAUGUAUUUUUGGCAUUAAAAAAUCAGGAUAUACUGGUAAGACCAAAGACUUAAAAUCAUGUCAAAAUGUAAAAUUUAUGUAAUAUAAAAAUCUUCUAAUCUUCUGAAGUGUCUGUAUUUCUGAAAUAAAAACAAUGAUCAUCCUUCUUGAUUUAGAUUGAAAUUAUGGAACUAUGAUAUUAGAGUCUCAUGUAUUUAUUCAUUUUCUGUAGACAGUAUAUGUACCCAAUCAUGUCAAUAAUCAGCAAUUGAAAGGUCGGGAGGAGGAUUAAUAUAUUCUUACAAGAAGAACUUUCUUAUAUUUAAUGUGAUUUUUCAGUGAUGCUCAUAGUCAAAUUGAUUUUUUAUAUGAGUGUACUUCAACCAGCAUUAAAUGCUUUUAAUAUGUAUGUGGCUCAAACGAGAAUAACCCCUUCUGUAUAAAAAUGGGGUAAAGUGCAUUAUCAGAAUGUGGAUAUUCUCUCCAUUGGUCAGGGCGUUGUAUUUAGUUAUUGGUUCAAAUGUUUACACGAAAGAAUCAUUCAAACAUCGAGCAACAAAACUCAGCAGCAAUAAUGUGUACAAAGUCAUAAGGCAUCCUUUAAAAAGGUUGCUUCUCAGGCAAACAAAAUUUUUAUGUUGCAAGGUGCCAGUAACUGCAGACAAAUCAAAUUAUGUCAGCACAAAUUCCAAGUUAGCACAAAUCAUCUUUCUACAUCACUGCAUGACAAACUCCAGUAUUGUACCAUUUUUUAGUCUUUUAAGUAUAUAAUACUCAUUUGAAGCAUGGACCUGUAGGUCCAUGUUUGAAGACACAGUGGUAAUCAGAUUUAUUGUCAAUCAUCAUACUUACACAUUAUGAAAACUUUUGCUGAGUUUUAAAUUUUGAUUCUGUUUUAAACUUGAAUAUGUAUGACAUUAAAGUUUAGUUAUAGUUUGAACCACUAAAAAGUGUUAUUAUUGUGAUAUCCUUAGGACGUAUUUUAGAAGAUUGAAACUCUGAGUCAAUAUAGGUGUUUGAAAACUAUAUUGAUCUUUUUAAAUCUUAAUUUGCUUAUGUUAAAACUGUUUCAGUUUCCUUGUGUAGAUUAAUUUGAAAUCUAAUUUUGCCAAUACUUGAAAAGUGUAUGAACUUGAUUUGAAUAUUUUACAGACCAAUCAAAUCAUUUAUAAUAUUGAUAUCAUUGGAAAGUAAUUUCGUAUACAUAUAUAUAUAUAUGCAUUUCAUUUAUAUGGUUUGCAGGUUUUAUUUUUUGUGGAAGAUAUAGAACUCAGAAUUUUAUCUUGACUUGCCCUUUUUUCUUCAAAAAUCUAGAUGCCCAUGUUAUAACCUGAAGGCUUGUUAAUCAACGUUUUAUGUGAAAAUCAGAUAUUACAUGGUAUGAUUACACUGCUCAUAUUUCAGGUGCUCUCAUCUUCAGCAGCAGUCCGUUCAUGUCCAUCAAGUAAGAACAGAUGACAGUAUAGACCAUUUUAGACUAAUACUGCUGUAAUAACACCUGAAAUAGAUUGUAUAGUAGAAACCCAAGGUGGAGAAGAGCUUUAGAAAAUUCUUCCCCUCCCCCUUUUUUCCAGAGUAGACUAAAGCAGACCAACAAGUAUUAUUUACAGUCCAGAGUUGUCAAGAGCAUACUCAAUCAUGAAUCGAGAUUUGAUUGUUGCUCUUGUGCACAAACAUUUUUAAGGAAACAUGCAAUGAAUGUUGUUCAAAGUUCAAGAAUAUGUAUACUGUACUUGUGUAUAUAAAUGAUUUAUCCUACAAAUGCAUACAUAUUAUAGAAAUUUUGUAUUUAUUGAAUGCUACAUCAUCAGAUUAAUGCCCUUUCUUUUAAAUUCAUGACAAUAAUUUCACAGAUUUUCUUUAUUUGGUAUGUUGCAAAUCAACACGUUUAUUGUAUGUACAUGAAAGAAUCAGCAACUUGGUUUAUAUGUAGAAUUGUGUAAACGAUGGGGACACUAAGUGAUGACAUUGUGUAUCUGACUUUUUUUCAAGAGUACCGGUAACUAUUGAUUACUAAAACGGUACUUGAAUUUUAAACCUACAAGUACUUAAAGUUAUAACCUGAUUGUGACAAUUUUGGAUAUAUGUAUUAUGGAAGAGACUAAGUGCCCACGCAUCAUUUUACAUUUACAUAAAGACUGUAGUGUUUUCAUAUUACAUUAUGGUGAUAGUAUCGAGUGUACAUGUAUUGUGUACAACAUACAUUGAACCUGUAUAAAUGCAAUAAAGCUAUACUAAUG